AUGGAACCAUUACUAUGUCCUAAUGCAGCGCAGGAAGCUGGAAUGGAACCGAAUCCCCUUCCAUCCACUACGAACCCUAAGUCUGAAAAGAGGGUCCUAGCUGCCUGCGAUGGCCCAUCGAACGACCCGGAUUCCUCUACUAUUCUUGAUGAGGGACUGGAUAACGCAAAUUCGAACAGUUUGAUCCCUACAAGUUGUGAUGACCCUUCUCUGUAUCCCGCUCCGCCUAUAGGCGGUGGUGGUCACACCUCCACGAGGAGCGAAAAGAGCUACUACGUUACUCUGGCUGGGAAUGCGACUCCAAAUUCCUCCAACCCCGUUUAUAGCGAUUCAGCCUUCUCAAAUGAGGAGCACGCCGCUCUACCCCCCCCUUCGGACCGCAAAUGCACACCCGAGUGCGAUAAAGAUUAG